AUGUUGGCGCCGAGCCUCCCACGCCUGCGGCAUACCCCGGCGCGGGAUGUGCCUCGCACGGCGCAGCAUGCGGGCAAAGCGCCUGCGAAGGAGGGCCUCUCGGUGGCGGUGGUGGGCGCUGGACCCGUGGGCCUGCUCACUGCCCUGGCGCUCUCGCGCCGGGGCUUCCGCAAGGUGAAGGUGCUGGAUCGCCUGCCGCAGCCCCCGAAGCCGGAGGAGCAAGUCUGGGGGGACCCGGACAGGUCCUACAACCUGGGCCUGGGAGGCCGGGGCCAGCGGGCGCUGCUGAAGUUUGAGGCCAUGGAGGCGGUGGAGAGGUGGAGCAAGACGGUGGUGGGCCGCAAGGACUGGUCCAGCGGCGAGGCCAAGGUGACGCUGAACAACCGGCGCUUCAUGACCAAAGUCAUUGCCCGGGACCGCCUCUCCAGCGUCCUCUACCAUGAGCUUCAGGAGAAGCACCCGGAAGUUGAGGUGCAGUUCUCCACAGAGUGCAGUGCCGUGGACUUCUCGCAGCCUUCGCCGCGUUUGGAGCUGCAGCGCUGCGGGCCCCCCACGGCCCUCCAGGGACUCGCGGAGGAGGAGUCCUGUGAAGUGGAAGAUGCCGAAGGUGGGUCGCAGAUGGAGGCAUGGUCCAAUGGUUCUUUGUCUCUGCCUUCGAGGUGA